AUGAUGUCGAAGCCGACAACGUCUCAUGAAGAGGAAACCCUCAGGGAUGCCCUCGGAAGCGUACGCCUGCGGCACCAUGAGACCAACGAGGUUUUGCUGAUUCCCACCCCGUCGAGGAACCCGAAUGACCCCCUGAAUUGGCCCUCCGCUUUCCGCUACUACAUCGCCAUCGUCGUCUGCCUGGCGGUCUUCUUCUGCAACUUUCUAGCAGCCGGGCCAACCGUGGCCAUCCAGCAGACAACAAUUGACUUUCUCGGGCCUGCAGGCUCGGAGUAUAGCUCCCAUCUUGCCAGGAUAUCAUACUUUUUUAGCACGACGUCCUUGUGUCAGGGCAUUGGCAUGUUGUUUUGGAUGCCCUUGAUUGUCAAGUAUGGGCGGCGGCCGAUCUAUGUCAUCUCCUUCAUCCUUUAUGUCGGCACAGGACUCUGGUGUGGAUUUGCGAAGACGUAUGCGGUGGAGUUAGCUGGAAGGAUUGUCAUGGGCUUUGCUGCCGGCGCUGGCGAGUGCCUUGGGCCUCUGACUAUCGCAGACAUAUUUUUCCUGCAUGAACGGGGCGCCGUGAUGGCACUUUACACUGCAGCUCUCUCCAUGGGCGUGUCAGGCGGCAUCAUCAUCGAUGGACUCAUCACGAUCAACCUUCACUGGCGUUACAUCUACUACGUCGCGUCCGCGCUAAUUGGGGGCCUGACUCUGCUUGUCAUCUUCACUUUUCCCGAAACGACCUUUGACCGUCAGCGUGCGCUCCAGGAAGAGAUCCCGAUGGAUGACUUGAACCCCGCGACCAUCGAAACAGACAAUAAUGAACCGUCGAACCAACCACCAUCAGCGACCCAACGAAAAGAGUCUUAUCUCCGGUCGCUCCGUCUCUUCAGGGGCAUCCACACCUCCGAAUCCCUCUUCCGCAUCUUCAUCCGACCUAUAGUGUUAAUUGUCCUUCCUCCGGUCCUCUGGACCUCCCUAGUCUUCGCUGUGACAGUUGGCUUUCUCGUUGCCAUCUCCUCGAACUUUGCCACGGCAUAUUCCGAAGCCUAUGGCUUCACAUCCUGGCAGUCAGGCUUAUGCUUUAGUUCUGGGCUGUUAGGUUCCUUUAUUGGCAUUGUCUUCGGCGGCCACCUCUCGGACUGGACAGCGGAUUGGUUCACGCAACGGAAUGGUGGCAUCCGACAUCCGGAGAUGCGGCUGCCAUCUGUCAUCAUCGGUGGCGUCUGUGCGCCUGUCUCAUUGAUCUUGUACGGCGUGGGAGUAAAUAACCAGCUGCAUUGGAUGGUCCCGACGGUGGCGUUGGGGCUUCUCAAUUUUGCGAUCGUACAGGCAACAAAUGUUACGAUGGUGUAUGUGAUAGAUAGCUAUCGACCAGCGGUGGGUGAAGCGACCGUUUCUAUCUUGGCAUUCAAAGCUGCAUUCGGCUUCCUUCUCUCGUUCUACACCAAUCCCUGGAUCAACACGGAGGGGUAUACCGUCGCCUUCGGGGAGAUGGCGUGCAUCGCCGGGGUGAUUGUCGCCCUGGCCGUUCUGUUCUUCUUCUGGGGAAAGGCAAUUCGAUAUCGCACGUGGAAGUGGCGUGUCAUGGAGAAGUAUGGACACUGGGAAGCAGACCGAGAGGUGGGCGAGUAGAGAAGGUAGAGAACG